AUGGGGACACAGCUUGUUCUCUCCUCCUGGACUCUCAUCCAGGGCCCUGAGCUGCCAGGGGCCUGGCCACUCCCGCCCCGAGCCCUGCCUUGGCUGAGCUGGUCACCGCUGCUGUGUGUCCCAGGCUGCCGGCCUGCCUGUCACCUGCAGUGCACAGGUGUGCAUUGGCUGGGGAAUGAUGGCUGGGGGAGCGCCCGCCAUGCCCCACCGGAAGCGUCUACCGUGGCCCACCGGAAGCGUGAUCGUUUGGGGAGCGGCGUGUUGGACCACAGGGCUAGGCCGGGUCCUGUCUGCCACAACCAGGAGCCUGAGAGCGAGGACGUGGAGCUGCCCUUGGAGGGCUACGUGCCCGCGGGCCUGGAGCUGGCCGCCCUGUGGCCAGGGAGCCCCCCGCCCAAGGAGCUGGAGUGCUACAACCACAGCCCCGAUGGGGACUCCAGUUCCGACUACGUGAACAACAUCUCCGCGGAGGAGGACUAUGACGAGGGCCUCCCUGAAGAGGAGGAGGGUAUCACCUACUACAUCUACUGCCCUGAGGACGACAGCUACCUGGAGGGCAUGGACUGCAAUGGGGAGGAGUACCUGGCCCACGGCGCGCACCCCAUGGACACUGACGAGUGCCAGGAUGCGGUGGAGUGGAUGGACUGGGCGGGCCCACACCCCCAUGGUCACGGGGCUAGCAGCCAGGACUACCCGGAUGGCCAACUGCCCAUCCUGGAGGAUGAGCCCUCCGUCCUGGAGUCCCACGACCAGGAAAAAGAUGGUCACUACUGUCCCAGCAAAGAGGGCUGCCAGGACUACCACCCUGCGGAGGCUAACGGGAACACGAGUGCUUCUGCUUACCCCCUGAGCUGCGGGGACGGGGACCUGGAGGACCAGGAGGAGGACAUCGACCAGCUCGUGUCUGAGAUCAAGAUGAGCCUGAGCAUGACCAGCAUCACCAGCGCCAGUGAGGCCAGCCCCGAGCAUGGACCUGAGCUGGGGCCUGGGGACUCUGCAGAGGCCUUCCCGCACAGCAAGGCCACCUGCAGCCCCAGCAGGUACAAGGCGAGGCCCAAGUCGCUGAACCUCCUUCCCGAGGCCAAGCACCCUGGAGACCCCCAGAGAGGCUUCAAGCCCAAGACCAGGACCCCAGAAGAGAGGCCAAAGUGGCUCCCAGAGCAGAAUGGGACAACAGAGGAAGUGACUUCAGAGGAAGAGGAAGAAGAGGAGAUGGCCGAAGAUAUAGAAGACUGAGAUCACUGUGAGAUGAAAGAAGAGCCUAUUAGUGGGAAAAAGUUGGAGGAUGAAGGAAUUGAAAAAGAAAAUUUGGCAAUAUUAGAGAAAAUUAGGAAGACUGAAAGGCAAGACCAUUUGAAUGUGGUUGACCCUGAUAGUCCUUUGCACAGUGAUCUUCAGAUCUUAAAAGAAAAAGACGGCAUGGGAGAUAUUUUGCCGAACUUACCUUUUAAGCAGGAACCCUUUGGAGACAAAGAGCAGUAAGAAUGUGGAACACAUAUUGACAAAAUGAAGGUAUGUACUGGGUGGAGGAGCAUUAUGUAUGGAACUUCUCACAAAACAGGGCUGAAGCAGUGCCUACUCAAUAGAACCGGUCAUCGUGCAAAGAAAUGCCACCAGACUCAAAGGCAAAGCCAGAGUGCAGCUUGGAGCAAAGAAGGAUAUAGAAGACUGAGAUCACUGUGAGAUGAAAGAAGAGCCUAUUAGUGGGAAAAAGUUGGAGGAUGAAGGAAUUGAAAAAGAAAAUUUGGCAAUAUUAGAGAAAAUUAGGAAGACUGAAAGGCAAGACCAUUUAAAUGUGGUUGACCCUGAUAGUCCUUUGCACAGUGAUCUUCAGAUCUUAAAAGAAAAAGAAGGCAUAGGAGAUAUUUUGCUGAACUUACCUUUUAAGGUAAGAAAAUUGUUAGGGGACUCUAUAUUUUUCUAAUGGGGGUGUAUAUUUGUACAAGUGUUUGGGAAACAAUUUGGUAAAGUGGAAAAUACUCAUAUACUAUGGUUCAGGAAUUUUGUGGAUAUAUACUCCACAAGAAAGGAGUACGUAGGCACCCGGAGACAGGAAUGUUCAGAGCAGCAUCUUUUAUAAUAGCCCCAAACAGAAAAUGAAGAACUGCAGUAUUCAUAAAAUGGCUUACAGCUGAGUGGGACCAGCUGGGCGAACCUUGAACACUAUGUUAAGCAAAAGACACCAGACCCACAAAACCUAUUUUGUACAAUUUCCUCUAUAUAGAGCUCAAAAAUAGGCAAAACUAAUGUUGGCUUGGGCGUACAUUCUUAGUAGAGGCAAUAUCACCUGCAGUGGAGUGAAAAUUGGUCCUUAGAGUGAAAGAAAAUCUUACCUAUUAUAAUGGUCUGCUGCCUUCCAAAGGAUCAUAUAACAUAAACCAACAUACAAUAUAUCUGUGGUGUUGAAAUUCCACCACAGGAGCAUGGGGUAGAAUUAGGAAGAAAACUUCUAAAAAGGCUUCUUAGGGGUACUAAAAUGAAAAGAAAACUGAGAAACACUUAUUUCUGGAUUCAUACUUGAGCAGUAAAACUAUCAAGAACAAAGAGGUGAUUCCAUAGAGGUUGGGGUAAGGAGUCCAUCCAGGCGAGAGGUAAGGAGGCGUGACCUGAAAGGCACAUCUGUGGGCUUCUUGGAUACUGGUUGGAAUAUGUUUCUGGACCAGGUUGGUGGCUACAUGGGAAAAUAGUUUACAAUAACUUGUUAAGGUAUACUUUAAGGUGUAUUUCUUGUACUUUUCUGAAUGUAUGUGUUAUAUUUAAUAAAGUAUUUUUAAGAUGCUAAAAAUAAAGGUUACAAAGUAAUAAUAGUGGGAUCUAGAAGAAAUGUUAAUGAUCUAAUACGGAAUCUAGAUGGGAUGUAAUGGUUUAAAAUCUAUGGCUACAUGAGGUAUUUUGAUGAAAAAAACAGACAUAAAACAAUACUUUGUUGUACUUACUCUAAGGAUGGUAGUAGUUUUCCAACAGCUUCGAACUUAGCUUUUUGUGUAUAUUUUUGCUUGAGGAUAUAUCUUAUGAUUGAACUUUCUUGAAAUGACCCUAAUGUCAGUAUUUUCUCUCACUUUUGUUGUCAUAGAAACUAUUGUGGUUGUCAACUGGAUUGUCUUCCUAAAGUAUGAAUCCGGUAUAUAUUGACUGAAGUUGCUAAUGGCUACUUCUUUACGGAUUCAUGUGGGGGAAUGCAUGAAGCACACAGGCCUAAAACAAAAAACAAAACACAAAAACACCAGGAACAUAUCUUUCUUUUUUAAAACA